GAGUCGAACGCGAAAAUUGUGUUUGUUCGCGACGCGGACGGUCGUCGGUUGCGGCCGAGAUUCGAAAUUCAAAAAUGAUUCCGCAACUUUUUACUUUUCUGUUUCUUUUAAAUUCAGCCAGUGCUUAUUAUAUUAAUGAGGAAGAAUGCCUCAAUUACACGGUGUACCCAGUGCAGUAUGAGUUAAAGUUGAUUCCGCAUAUUUUGAGAGAUGGGAUAUCGUACUUAGACUGUGAUAUAACGAUAACGGUUAUUGCUAACGCUCGUCAAGUGCAAAUGAUCGAGUUAGACGCGAAGGACUUGGAAAUUCAUAGAGAAUCUGUGAAAGUGUUUAAGAACGAAGUUAAUAUAAUAAGCAGUGUCCGUCCAUACGAAUAUGACCGGAGAAUGGGCAAGCUGUAUUUGUACUUGAGAGAAGAACUGGAACCAUACAGUGAGAGGAAUACCCAGUAUUACAUAAAGAUGUUCUUCAGGAAGUUUUUAAAGAGCGAUGAAGUUGACGAUGGAAUAUUUUUUGUGAAAUAUGAGGAAGCUGGGCGUCAAAAAUCAAUGAUCGCCACCCGUCUCUCGCCCGACAGAGCCAAGUACUUCUUCCCCUGCUUCCAGAAUCCUCAGUUCGAAGCUGUCUUCAGAUUCAAGGUGCUUCUUCCCAACACGGCUGAUGACCAGCUUUGUGACACCAGCCUCACUGUAGCCGAGGAACUACAGCGGCACAGCCAAAAGGACUAUCAAACUGCCAUUCAGUACAUUCCAUCACCUCAAGUGGCAGUGCAUCAAGUUGGUUUCCACCAUUCAGACUUCGCUAGCAAGUCUGUAUCAUCUAGGCUCACAAAUGACACCUUAACUCUUUGGGCCCCUAGUACUCAUCUCGCAAAACACAUGUUCAUUCUCAAAUUUGGUCAAUCCGUAUUGGAUGUGAUUCAAGAGUAUUCAUCAGGCAAUAGACCUUUGGUUAAUGGUCCAAUAAAUAUUGUUGCUAUGCCCAAGACAAUUGAAACCUAUGAAGCAGGAAGCUGGAAUCUUUUAACUGUCGGGGAACAUAAACUGUCGAACAUUCCUCAAUACACAAGCAUUAUGCAAAAAGAACAAAUGUCGUAUCUAUUGACACAGCAGUUAAGUCGAAUAUGGCUUGGAAAUCCUGGUGAAGUAGAGCGAACACGUUGGAAACAAGAGUGGUUCAAAGAAGGCAUGGCUAGUUAUUUUGGAUAUUACUUUCUAUCUCAGUCAGGGAGAUCAUUCUGGGACAUGAGUGUGUACGGAUUGCAAACUCGGAACAAAGCCAUGAUGCUGGACUGGAGACCAGAAACUCCAAACCUGGAGUCCUUCAACAGGACGCUCGCUAUAAACAUUCCUUCCAGAUAUCACCCACUGGUGUCAUACAAAACUGCAGCUUUAAUAUGGAUGGUCGAGAAUUGGUUGGGAUCAGAUAAGUUUCACAGAGCUUUAGUGAACUAUUUGAAUACGAGAAGAGGCAAAUUUGUCUCUGUAGAAGAUUUCACAAGUUUUCUUCAAUCUGAGACGGUAGAGUGCGAGUUCUUCAAGGGUUAUACGGUGUCUGAUGUGCUCAGCUCCUGGUUGCGACAGCCGGGAUAUCCCGUCGUGAAGGCUACUGUGUACAGGAACCAAGACACGCAAGAUAUUGUUUAUUUAGAACAGAAACAAUUCACAUUCAGCAAUGUAACGAGGGGGCAUCAUAAAUACCUCAUACCCAUAUCGUACUUCACCCAGUAUACGGAAAACUGUUUCAACUGCUUUCAACCAAAGUUCACUAUCGCGGACAGUGGCUACACGUUCAAAGAAAAUUUAAACGAUGGCUGGAUCAUUCUAAACAGAAAUGCUUCAGGAUACUACAGAGUUAACUACGAUAAUGUUACGUGGAAAAUGAUAGUGAACACCCUGAAUAGUCCAGAGAGAUAUAGAAUUAACGCUUUAAAUAGGGCUCAAAUAUUAAACGACGCUUUCGCCCUCUAUAUGUCAGGAGACAUAACUUAUGAGCUUGCCAUGGAGAUCGUCAGUAGUCUUGAGCAUGAAGACAGUUACGUGGUGUGGGACGCAGCGCUCAGCGGGUUCCAAAUGCUAAAGAUAGAUGGAGCUGUUCGGAAAAUAACAAAACAGCUGUACAAUGAAUGGAAGAUGCUACUGCGCGAGGUUAUAUCCAACGUGUACCGUCGAGUCUACAACGACAUAGACAGGGACGACCGCAUUAGAAUGUUCAGGACUCGCAUCAUCACCUUCGCUUGCUCUAUCGGCCAUGCGCCCUGUCUGAGAGACUUGGAGCCCGCUCUGCACCAAGUUACUCGGUCUUUAUACGACCCGGACCUGCGACAAAUCUGUUACUUCACUCUCCUCAACCGCAGCGACGGAUAUGACUCUAUUAAAACUGUGAAUAGCUUUGAACGAGAGGACUUCAAUACAGCCGAGCGACUGGCGAAAGAAGAGGUCCGAUUCUUCUACAGGUUGCCUGUAGAGAGGUUGCGUCUGAUGCCACUCAUCGAGUCGUCUACAGUCACCACUUUCACUCCUGUAACGGCAAUAAAACCCGUGCCCAGAGAAAAAGCAUCAUCUUCCAAUAGCAUACACAGAUGGAGUGAUGCUGCCAUAAUGUCAGCAUUUGCUUUAAUAGCCUUUAUCAAUUGGUAAUAAAAUAAAUAAUGUCAUACUAAUGCC